GAAACACAGACGCAGAGGGAAAUAGGGAAGCAGUGAGUCUACAAAUCUCACAGCAUAUUUGUCUCUGAUCACAGCAUCCAGAAACAGAUCUCAAGAUGAAGUUUUUGCUGCUGUUGGUGAUGCUGACAGCGUGUGAUGCAAGCCCACAAGAUCUGUCGGGUAAAAUGUUUACCUUCCCACAACAAACCAAAACCGCUCGUGUAAGACUAACAGCAUCAAGACAGGAUUUCACUACUUUAACCGUGUGUCACAGGUCCUUUACAGACCUCAAAAGAGACCACACUUUCUUCUCUAUGUCCACACCCGCGACUUCCAAUGCCUUCCUGAUGAUCUGGGAUGACGCAAACAAGGAGAUGGAGCCUCAUAUCUGGGAUAAAAAGGCAGAAUAUGGAGGGCAGGACUACAAGCCGAACAUGUGGCACUCCAUUUGUACCACAUGGGACUCUGCGUCUGGUCUGGUGCAGCUGUGGCUUGAUGGAAAACCUUCGAUGAGGAAAUUUGUCAACUCUGGAACAAGCAUCAGAGGAUCCACUAUAAUCAUGUUAGGACAGGAGCAGGAUUCCCAUGGUGGGGGAUUUGACUUGAUGCAGUCUUUCGUUGGUAUGAUGUCUGACGUCCACAUGUGGGACUACGUCCUCUCCUCCUGUGAGAUUCAGAAGUACAUGGAUGAACUCAACUUCACUCCAGGGAAUGUCCUCAACUGGAGUGCGCUGGAGUACGAGAUCAUCGACAGAGUGCUGUUAGAAGAUAAGCGAAAACUAAUGACCUGUUAGCUUAUGACGAUACCAUCUAUAUUUUAGAGAGUAAUCUACAUCUAAAGUAUAACUAAAGUUCAAUGAAUGUUUGUGAACAUGAGCUACUUUCUCUCAAAGCCAGAAACCAAAGAAGUAAGACAUGUAAUGUCAUGGUAUAAAGUCUGGGGCUGCUCCACAGACAAUGAAUGGGAGACUGAUUUUGUGGACCCAUAGAAUGAGUUUUGUUCUACUGUAUUGUUCUCAGUUCUGAAACAGAAGAUGUACCUUUAUACUCACCUAGAAUAUCCACAACAGCUCCCCCAAAUUAUUAUAUAUGGAGCAGAUCUAGAUUUUAUACCCUAUGACAUCGCAAAUUUGAGUUUUAGCUCUCUAGUUUUUUGAUUUUGGAGUGAGUUGUUCAUCUUUGCUAAUAUUUUUGGACUGUCUUUGACCAACGUACCCUCAUAAAAUGGUUCCUAUGAUGUCCUACAGAAAUGCACACACAGCAGUUCGUAUGAUAUCCUACAAAUUUAGCGCCCAGUGACUGAUGGUACAUCUUUAACGUGCAGUUAUGUAAUAACUCAAAGUUACAGAGGUUAGGUUAAGGCAAGUAAAGUUGCUGUGGUUAGGUUAAGAAUACCGAAUGUAGCUGGUGCUGACAAGAGCAUUGUUUACAUGUUGCCAUGACAACACUGGAAGUCAUAUGUGAGAUCCCUUUAUAAUAGUUGAGUGGUUUUCUUGUGCUGUUCUGGGGGACUUUGUUUGCUGUCGAGCUGGAGUUAUUAUUGUGUUGUCUUUGUUAAAUUCAUGAUAAUAAAUAUGUUUUCUUUGUAAAUCACAUGACCAUGACCCGGAAGUUAAUGCAGAGAGAAAAGACGGGCGGAAACUGAAAGUGACUGAAAUGCCAAGUGUAAACAGUGGACUUUUAUGCUCCCUUCUAUGAUCCUACAGCUGGUCUCCCAGGCGAACACUUUUUCAUGGUGUUCCAUGAUACUUCUACGAGCAAUUAAUGUAAACAUGGACAUCAGUAUGAAGCGUGGACUCUUUCAUGACCAGUGUAGAUACAAUGAAACAUGUUGAGGACAUACCUUAAAAUGUUGCAAAGUUCACUUAAAGUCCCCAGGCUUCCAAAUAUGCGUCUCUUUACAACACCACUCAGGGCUGCUUCCUUGUUUACUCCUGUCAUCACAAUGAUUGCAGCCACUGAAAGUUUCACUUUUCUAAGAUGGAAACAGGAACUGCGAGAGUCCAAUGGAUUUAGGGACCACAAUGUGACAUUCAGCAGUGUUUUACAACAUGCAGUUAUUAAUUAAAUGUCAGUCUACAGUCUGUGUAUGCAUUGAUUAUGCUCACUAACAUUAUUUCUGACAUAUUUUCAUUUCCCUAUAGCUUGGAAUAAAAAGUGCAUCAAAUCACAUUAUUGUGAUAAUCAGACACAGAAUCAUCCCUCUACAUCUAAGCCUGUGGAUCUGACAGCUUGAUUUUUUUUAAGGUCAUGCCCCCUACUGGACAAACUUUGAUGAAUGCACCUUUAAUUGAGAUUUGAUCUUUCUAUGAAUUGCACUGAUCUUGGCAUCUGUCUGCAUUUUUCUGACACUGAAAUAAACAAUGUCUUGAUUC